AAGCUGUGCAUGUCAGUGUGAGCAUUUAGUUACAUUUUAUUUACAGCUAUUAAUUAAAUUAUAAAUGGAUCUACAGACAUUUAACAGUUUAAAAUCACAGCUUAAAGAUGAGCCGUUUUUCUCUGACAAAAAGUCUACUCUGGAGAGUUUCCUUCAGAACUACUGGUUUUCUGGAGAGCAGGCUGCGAAAGUGAUAGGCAACUUUCCUCAUUCAUCCGAAAAGACCGAAGUGCUGGCUUUGAUUAAGCCGAGGCUUACAGUUUUGACUGGAGUUGGUGCAAGAAAAGUUGUUGCAGCCUUCACCUUUGCAGAUGAUAAAUUGAAAGCAGUCGGAUUAGUUGCAAACCACAUCAACGAUCCAGUUGGUAAAUACGAUGUUCUGGAGGCUAUCGAUUUUGCCUUUGACAAAGAAAAGGCUCGAAAGAUUCUCGAUAAAGCACGACCUCCUGUAGUGGCACAGUGUCCAGCUGGACAACCUCAGCCAUACAGCCAACCACCAACCACCACCUCCUCAUGCCCACCCGUACCAGCCGCCAGCACAACCGGCUCCCUAUGGUGCCCUGUACUCUCAACCACCACGCCAGCAACCGUAUCAGCCCCCACCGCAGCAAGCCCAACUAUACCAGCCACCUCCUCAGUGUACACUAAACUCGCAAGCACCGGGAUUUGGUUUUGUAGAGAGGUCUUUGGAGGUGUCUAUUGCUCGAAGUAUGGGACUGGGACUGGGACUGGUAGCCAAUAAUCUGGAAUACCUAAGCCAAGCCUCGUAUAGAGCUCCCCCACAGCCUACUGCAGCCCCGUAUACCCCACCCUAUGGAGGAUCCCCUGUUGGUGGGAAUCCUUACUACGCAACACAAGGAGUGCCCCCUCCGAAUACAGCAUAUGCCCCACAAGGAGGAGCAUACCCCCCUCCUGGAGGCCCCUCCUACUGGAUAUCCAAACACUUACGGUUUCCCACGGCCUCAGUAUAGGUUAGUAGAUAUAGUGAUACAGUUAUAAAUAUAGCUGAUUGUCAACAACAAUUUACUAUUGGCCUGCAUGGUACUGCAUGUAUUUAUGGCUGUUUGAUUUUAUUUAUUAUCAUGAUUGAGGUGG